GAGCGGAGCGGAACGGCCGCGUGUGGGGCGGCACGGAGCUGCGGGGCGUGGAGCGGCUCGGAACAGCACGGCUCCAUAUGGGAUGGAGCGGCUCGGCACGGCUCCGUAUGGGAUGGCUCAGCUCAGCUCGGCAUGGAUCGGCUCAGCUCGGCACAGUCAUGGAAAGGCUCAGAUCGGCACAGUUGUGGAAUAGCUCGGCUUGGCAUAGCACAGCUCAGCACAGAAUGGCUCAGCUUGGCAUGGAAUGGUUCAGCUUGGCACAGCUCAGCAUGGCGUGGCACAGCCUGGCACGGCUCAGCCUGGCGCAGUUAUGGAGUGGCUCAGCUUGGCAUAGCACAGAGCAGCGUGGCAUGGCUCAGCUCAGCUCGGAUCGGCUCGGCACAGCUCAGUGUGGAAUGGCCCAGCUCAGCACAGCACAGCUCAGCAUGGAAUGGCUCAGACUGGCUCGGCUCAGCUCAGCAUGGAAUGGCUCAGACUGGCUCAGCAUGGCACAGCUCAGCUCAGCUCAGCAUGGCACAGCUCAGCAUGGAAUGGCUCAGUUUGCUCAGCACAGCUCAGCUAAGCAUGGAGUGGCUCAGUUUGGCUCAGCAUGGCUCAGCUCAGUAUGGCAUGGCACAGCUCAGCAUGGAAUGGCUCAGUUUGGCUCAGCUCAGCUCAGCAUGGCACAGCUCAGCAUGGAAUGGCUCAGCUUGGUUCAGCAUGGCUCAGCUCAGCUCAGUAUGGCAUGGCACGGCUCAGCACAGCACAGCUCAGCAUGGAAUGGCUCAGUUUGGCUCAGCAUGGCUCAGACUGGCUCAGCAUGGCACAGCUCAGCAUGGCUCAGCUCAGUAUGGCAUGGCAUUGCAUAGCUUAGCACAGCUCAGUAUGGCAUGGCACAGCUCAGCAUGGCACAGCUCAGUUUGGCUCAGCAUGGCUCAGCUCAGCAUGGAACGGCUCAGUUUGGCUCAGCAUGGCUCAGCUCAGCACGGCACAGCACGGCUCAGCACCGUUCAGCACAGCCCACGUUGGCCUGGUCCAGCCAGGUUCAGCCUGGUCCGUGCUGGCCCGUUCAGACACGUGGUUUAACGCAGCACAGCUCCGCACGGCACCCUUUGGCACAGCUUUAGCAUGUGUGCCUGUAGGACGUAGGUUGGGACCCAUGGGGACCUGAGGUGUGACCCACAGGGAACCACUGGGCUGUAGGAUGUGACCCACGGGGACCCAUGGGGCGUAGGAUGUGACCCAUGGAGACCCAUAGAGUGUGACCCAUUGGGCUGCAGGAUGUGACCCAUGGGAACCCACAGGUUGUGAGCCAUUGGGGUGUAGGAUGUGACCCGUGGAGAUCCAUAGGGCUGUAGGAUGUGACCCAUGGGGACCCAUUGGACUGUAGGAUGUGCCCCAUGGGGACCCAUAGGAUGUGACCCACGGGGACCCAUAGAGCUGUGACCCAUUGGGUGUAGGAUAUGACCCAUGGAGACCCAUUGGGGUGUGGCAUGUGACCCAUGGAGACCGAUAGGGCUGUAGGAUGUGAUCCAUGGGGACCCAUAGGGCUGUAGGAUGUGAUCCAUGGGGACCCAUAGGGCUGCAGGAUGUGACCCAUGGGGACCCAUAGGGCUGCAGGAUGUGACCCAUGGAGACCCAUAGGGCUGUAGGAUGUGAUCCAUGGGGACCCAUAGGGCUGCAGGAUGUGACCCAUGGAGACCCAUUGGGGUGUGGGAUGUGACCCACAGAGACCCAUAGGGUGUGACCCAUAGGGCUGUAGGAUGUGACCCAUGAAGACCCAUAGGGCUGUAGGAUGUGACCCAUGGAGACACAUAGGGCUGUAGGAUGUGCCCCAUGGUGACCUAUAGGGUGUGACCCAUACGGCUGUAGGAUGUGAGCCAUGGAGACCCAUAGGGCUGCAGGAUGUGACCCAUGGUGACCUAUAGGGUGUGACCCAUAGGGCUGUAAGAUGUGACCCAUGGUGACCCAUAGGGCUGUAGGAUGUGCCCCACGGAGACCCAUAGGGCUGUAGGAUGUGCCCCAUGGUGACCUAUAGGGUGUGACCUAUAGGGGGUGACCCAUAGGGCUGUAAGAUGUGACCCACGGAGACCCAUAGGGCUGCAGGAUGUGACCCAUGGUGACCUAUAGGGGGUGACCCUUGGUUCCCCACGGCUGUGUAAUCCCACAGGGCCACAGGCCGCAGCGAUGGGGCCACAAUGUUCCCACAUGGGCUGUGAGCCCCUCAUUGCUGACCGGGAGGCCCAAGAAGCCCCCACGGCACCAAGCAGGCACCCCCAGACCCCCACAGAGCCCCAGCUUUUAUUCCCCGUAUCACAGCAGCACCGGGACCCCCUGACCCUCAUCCCCACGGCGCGACCCCCAGCAGGGCGAGGGCCAGGAGAGCCAGCAGGACGAAGGGCGCGGGUCGGGGCUUGGCAACGGAGCCCAGGGCGUAGAACCUCGCCACGGCUUCGUUGGGGUUGCCUUCGACGGGGUCGAACCACAUCUGGAUGCAUCGCCCGCUGCCGCGCCGCUCCGUGGUGUAUUUGUACGAAUGGGACCAAACCUUUUCGCACAGGUCGGCCGGAGUCGGGAAGACGUACUUGAACUUCUGGCACAUGGCGCCGUGCGGGCAUUGUUGACUUUGCAGGUGGCCGAAUCCUGGCAGUCCUCCCACCACUGCUCGCAGUCCUCGCGGCACAGCGGCACGUUGAGGAUGCGCUCGCGGCGCCAGCUCGAAUCCGUCUGCAAGGUGUGGGGAGAUGUGGGGUGGAACGGCCCCCAAAAAAUGGCCUGCAGACGGGGCGGCCAGCCUGCGAUCCGACCCCGAAACCAAGCCGCCAAACCGGCCCCCGAAAUCCAACCCCCCAAACACCAAAAUCCAACCCCGAAGCCGAGCUGCCCAUGGAACGGCUCCGAAUCUCAUCCCCAAAACCCACAUCCUGCAAACUCGCCUCAAAUCCGACCCCAAAGCGCCCCCCCUAAAGCCCCUUCACCCCAAAGCCCUUCCACAAACCCAC